AUGAUAUUGUCUUUUUACAGAUCUGAACUGUUAUGUCUGACAAAGAACUUAAGGAGGUUAUAGAGCAAGAACUACAAACAAAAGUAAAUAUCCAGGGCAGUCAUGGUGGUGGAUGUAUCAAUGAGGCAGUUACCAUAACAACAGAUGAUGGGGACAAGAUAUUUGUUAAAAUAAACAAAAAAUCAGAGGCAAGAGCCAUGUUUGAUGGAGAGUUUAUUAGUUUAGAUGUUCUCCAUGCAAUGGAUGUAGUGAGAGUGCCAAAGCCAAUCAAAGUGCUUGAUUUACCCAGUGGUGGAGCUGCAUUUCUUAUGGAAUGUCUGGACAUUCAUGGAAUGUCAAAAUAUUCAGCUAAACUGGGAGAACAAUUAGCCAAGUUACAUUUACUGAAUGCAGAAUUGGCAGAAAAAGCAAAAAAUGGGGUGAAAUUUGUUGGUCGUAGUCAUUACUAUAAAUAUGUUGAUGAAUUUGGAUUUUAUACAGAUACAUGUUGUGGCUUUUUAAAACAAGACAAUACUUGGAAAGAUACAUGGCUAGAGUUAUAUGCAAGGAAGAUAGAUUUACAAAUGGAAUUGUUGAAUAAAAAUUAUAGAAAUAAAGAAGCCAGAGAAUUGUGGUCACAACUUUUACCAAAACUACCCAAAUUUUUUGAAGGAUUGGAAAUAAAACCAGCAUUAUUACAUGGUGAUCUGUGGGGAGGAAAUGUAGGAGAAACAUCUACAGAACCAGUAAUCUUUGAUCCAGCCAGUUAUUAUGGUCAUUCAUAAUUUGAUUUGUCUAUAUCAAAGAUGUUUGGAGGUUUUAGUUCCUCCUUUUUUGACAGUUAUCACAAUUUAAUCCCCCAAGCAGAAGGAUUUAGAAAGAGAGUUGAUCUAUACAAACUGUUCCAUUAUUUAAAUCAUUGGAACCAUUUUGGAAGUGGUUAUGAAGGAUCCAGCUUAUCAACAUUAAAAACAGUGCUUCAAUAUGUUUACCCCUGAAUCAGUGGUGUAAAGCCAUCAAAUUAUUACCUGAAUAAAAUUGAGAAUGG